AGGGUGAGGGAGAGUCAGUGUGGGAGUGAGCAACGAAUGGUCAGAGAUGUGUGAGCUGCAUGUGUAAGGAGAGAAACACUUGAUUUCUCUACUCUGGGAAUCUGGUUUACACAGUAUUCCAAGGAACUGCCCCUGUGUGAAUUGGGUGUUCUAGUGCAACCUGAAGGAACAGUUUGGGGUGUAUUUUCCUCCCGUGGUUGGCUUGUCUGUGGACCGGUUCUGAAGAGGAUGCUGGGACUGGAUGCGCUUCUCUGAGGUUAUGCAGGUGGUACGGGAACAGAUUACACGGACGCUGGCCUGCAAGCCCACCUCCCUCGACGUUUUCCGCAACAAAGUGAAUGCUAUGAACUACAGUGAGAUUCUCAAACUCCGGCAAACAGAGAGGAUGCACCAGGAGGAGACUCUUGCACCACCAGUCGUGGAGUUAAGGGAGAGACUCAAACCCGAGCUAAUGGAGCUGAUUAAACAGCAGCGCCUCAACCGGCUGUGUGACGGCACUCUCUUCCGCAAAAUCAGUAGUCGGCGACGCCAAGACAAGCUGUGGUACUGCCGCCUGUCACCCAAUCACAAGGUGCUUCACUACGGGGAUGUGGAGGAGAGGGACGACAAUCCAGCUAUCGAGCUCCUGCAGGAGAAGAUUCCAGUAGCUGAUAUUAAGGCGUUGGUGACGGGGAAGGACUGUCCCCACAUGAAGGAGAAGAGCACCCUGAAACAGAACCGGGAGGUGCUGGACCUGGCGUUCUCUGUCCUGUACGAUGCAGAGGACUACUCGCUGAACUUCAUAGCCCCAACCAAAUACGACUUCUAUCUCUGGACUGAUGGCCUGAAUGUCCUGCUGGGCAAGGAGCUGAACAGUGAGCAGACCAAGAGUGAGCUGGAGAUCCUGCUGUCCAUGGAGAUCAAACUGCGGCUCCUGGAUCUGGAGAACAUCCCCAUCCCGGAUGCAGCCCCGCCAAUCCCUAAUGCUCCGAGUAACUACAACUUCUGCUAUGACUACAGCCACACUGAGCACUGACUCUCUCAGGGUGGGAUCACGUCAAGAUGCAUCAGGGUCUGGGAUGAGUUUGGGGACAUUGCAGGUUUUAUACAGCGCAUGUAAAAAUUAGUUUUUGUACACAGGCAGUGACUCGAGUAUUUUCAUGUGCAAUAUUCUAGAAGAGAUGAAAGGUACUUAUGAGAGAGGAAGGUAUGGUGCACAUUUCAGCUGGUAACAAAAAUGGCUGCCCUGACACACUGGACAACUUCAGGGCAGAGGCGAUUAGCUCACAAGAAGUGGUCCAUCCCAGAAAGAAGGGGAAGCAGGAAUACUGGGAAUCUGAUGGAUGAGAAAAUGGUGGCAGCGUUUAGCAGAUGGCAUCUGUGAAGAGAGAAAGUUAGGGUUAACAUGUUGGAGCAGGGAGCUCCUGCGGGGCCGGUGACCAUUCAUCCAAUGGUCCGACGUCAAUCGCACAUUUCUCUCUCCAUAGAUGUCCCAAGAAGAGGGCAGGAGGUUGUGAAGCCGAUCAUGAUGAAGAGUAAUCUAGAAUCAAAACGUUAACUUGCUGUCUUUCUCUCUCCUUGGAUGCUACCGAACCCCCUGUUAUUUCCAGCAUUUUUUUGAUUCUGUACAGAUUCCAGCAUCUGCAGUAAUUUGCGCCGACAUUUGUUUUAUUAGUUUUUGUUAGCAGCCAGCCUUUAAUUCUGGGCCAGGGUGAGACUGUGUGUUGGCAGGUUGCAUUAACGCGGUGAUCUUUGACUGUUUAUAGAGCCCUCCCUGACUUUGCACGUCCUGCCAAUUCUGCCAAAUCACCAGCAACUCUGACUGUCCCAGAGCUUCACCUAGGUAUAGGUGCUUCACUGACAGAGUUGGUGCCCCCUCUCAGA